GUAUAUUUGAAAUUUAUUUGCGAUAUCUGAUGUCUGUCCAAAGUUUUUUGUGCAUGGAAAUGUGUGUUUCGAUCGUCUCAGUUUGUGUGUCCGUAUAAUAACAAUGGGUAUUUUGGAGAAAAUUGCUGAGAUCGAGGCAGAGAUGGCUCGAACUCAACGUAACAAAGCAACUAGCAGUCAUUUAGGUUUGCUUAAAGCACGUCUUGCCAAGCUAAGAAGGGAGCUAAUUACCCCUAAAGGUGGCUCAGGUCCUGCUGGAGAAGGUUUUGAUGUAGCUAAAACUGGUGAUGCUCGAAUAGGAUUUGUUGGUUUCCCAUCAGUUGGUAAAUCUACGUUACUUAGCAACCUCGCUGGAGUUUAUUCUGAAGUAGCUGCUUACGAAUUCACAACUCUUACCACUGUUCCAGGUGUCAUCAGGUACAAAGGUGCGAAAAUACAGUUACUUGAUUUACCGGGUAUUAUUGAAGGUGCAAAAGAUGGUAAAGGUCGUGGUAGACAGGUCAUUGCUGUUGCUAGAACUUGCAGUUUGAUUCUAAUUGUCCUAGAUGUUUUGAAACCUCUCAAGCAUAAGAAAUUGAUCGAACAUGAGUUGGAAGGUUUUGGAAUCAGGUUGAACAAGAAGCCACCAAAUAUAUCAUAUCGCAGGAAAGACAAAGGAGGAAUCAACCUUACAGCAACAUGUGCACAAUCCCAACUCGACCUAGACACCGUCAAAACCAUCUUAUCCGAGUACCGUAUCCAUAAUGCGGACAUUACACUACGCCAUGAUGCAUCAACAGAUGAGCUCAUAGACGUAAUAGAGGGAAACAGGGCUUACAUCCCAUGUAUUUAUGUCCUCAACAAGAUUGAUCAGAUUUCCAUAGAGGAACUAGAUGUUAUUUACAAGAUUCCCCACUGUGUACCUAUCUCUGCUCAUCACAAAUGGAACUUUGAUGAUUUAUUGGAGAAAAUAUGGCAGUACCUGGAUUUGGUUCGAAUCUACACUAAACCAAAGGGCCAACUACCAGACUAUGAAGCACCUGUUGUCUUAAAAACUGACCAAUCAUCAGUUGAAGAUUUCUGCAACAAUCUACAUAAAUCUAUCUUAAGAGAAUUGAAAUA